GUCAGCCACAAGCAGCAGUACAGUUGGACGGACGGAUCCAAAGCGACAGCAAUAAGAGACGACCCCUUCACAAAGUUGUGCCGAGUGACAAAGCGACGAUGGCUGCCCGAGAGCCCGUUCCGCUUCAGGCGGUUCCCUACGAAUGGAACGAUGCCGAACCUCCUCCAACCGAAACGCUGAACCAAUGGAUUGAAGUAGGCAAUGGCAUUGACAAAAGCCAAACUGUCGUCUGGAAGAGCGCAGUGGAGUCACUGGAAGCCUCUCAGAAGCAUCUUCGGACUUCUGAAGAUGCUCGAGCUUUUGUGGAGAAGUACAUGGGUUCUAUCAUUGGGAUUCUUGUAGAACAGCAGCCAUCGAAAAUUGGGCCUCAUGAACGCACUUGUGUCCAGGACAGUCUAAAGUUAGCUGUGGCAAUCGUGGCUCUCGACUUGGAUAUUCAGCUGAAGAGGAAGGGAGAAUGCAGACUCUUGGACGUGCUUUCAACUGUCUUCAAUAAGAAAAAGGCAUACUACAAAGGAAACAAAGGAAAUUGGAACGUCAAUCACAUGGUAGGGCUCCCAGAAGUCAGGCUCAAGAUGAUUGAUAGCUUUCGUCAGGAGCAUGGAUUUGCCCUCCUCAAUCAAUAUUUGGUGGAGCGCAUCAACACUCCGCUAUUCCCCAAACUCGAAUCUCUUCAUAUAAUCUUGCAGGCGAUAGGAGAUGCGGUGCCAGGUCGUACGCCUGGAACAGAUCAUGGGCAGGCUGCUAUGCAGAUGGAAGAUGAUGCGAUUGCUGUAGCCAAAGCUGUUAUGGAAUUCAUCAAAGGCGCGAGCGACGAAACGCUGAAGAAAAUCCCAACAGAUCAUCUUAGUACCAUUGUCCAUCAGCUCCAGAAAAUCUUUGACCGGCUCAUAUCCUCACGGAGACGCAGCACCUACGAAUUCUACGAGUUUUGGAGAGGUCUCAUACUGAAACUGAUCACAUCGCAGUCACUUCCUCUGAAACUUUUUGGAUGGGAACAAAUGAAUGAGGUCAUUGAAGCUAGUGGCGAUCAUGCACCCCCACCGCGGUCUUUUAUCGUGACAAACGCUGGAUGUACCUUUGUCAACGGUGGCUACCAGUUUGCGGGCGAAACGACGGACGAUGGAUACCACCAGAGAGGAGUAGAAAUCAGUUAUGUACGGCGUGUUAAGGAAGGAGAUGACGGAGCAGGAAAGAGCCUUACUUUGUUUCGAUGUACCAUGCGGUCGCAGCAAAAGUGGUGGUUCCUUUCGGAAGCUGACGAAGAGCAACCGGGAACGGACCGAGACAUUGACUACUACCAGCACAAGUCCAAGGAGCAUGAAGAGAUGGAACCUCCCGCCGCUGGUUGGGUGACCUGCCGAAAUGCCGGUAUCGACCCGCCACCCAAUUUGCAGUCGCAGGGUCUAAUGGUGCCUGCUGGCGAAGAACGAAACACUUUGGAACACCAGCUCGCUAAAUGGGCUAUUGAAAACGGCAUCAUCGAGAUGGUUCUGGGCGACUCUGUACAUAGAGAGAUCGUCGCUCGAUCCACAGCAUUGAUUAAGUUUCUUGCACAGAUGUGCACCAAAUAUUCUGGUAACGACGGCGGAAAAGGCAAUCCGGAGGAGUUCUGUUUGCGAACGACACACCUUUUGCUCGCUUGGAAGACGUGUACUAGAAAAACGGAUGCUGCCGUGUCGGCCCAAGUGUACCAAUUGCUUGUGUCGAUUCUCCCUUCCUGCCCCAGCAGCCUUGCCAUCCCCUUGCUAAAUGCCGUUCAGAAUUCAUUGACUGAGAGUGACGAAAAACAGGAUCAUUUGAAUGAGGUUGCCGACUUUUGCUCAGCGUUGGCACAAGCAAACCCUGCCGAUGUUAAGCCUGGACAAGGGCUGAUGCUCACCGUCGAGGUUCGGGCUGAGGUGUUGAAGCUGCUUUGGAAUGUCCUAACCCACCCGGACGCCAACACGUUGAAGACAUACGACAACCUUAAGCGCUACGUGACGAACGAACUUCGAGUAGAGCCGAAAGGAACCGAGCACAGGGAGACUUUUUUGAAGUCAUGCCAUCACGCCCUCUCCGAGAGUGCCAACAAACGCGAGGGUUUCGUGUUGGAUGAAGUACAAGCACUGAGAAUGGUCAAAUUGACUAGAUUCGUCCUGGAAGCGUGCCCAAGAGAACAAGCUCAUAGAUUGGUAACGGACUCCACAGCCUCCUUGCCGGAUCUUCUAUUCAACGAGCUGACUGCCUUCUUAGAACGCACAAAGAACGACACCACUGGAAAUGCUUUCCGAAAGGCGCCUGUGCAUGGCGAUGCAUCCGUGGCCCUUCCUGAACGCCUACGAAUUCUGCGAUACGUGUAUGGGUUGUCAGAUCUCAUCGUCAUGUCGAGCACACAGCUUCACACGCUCUGGAACUUGUGCGUUCGACCAAGCGACAGAGAGGAGCUGAUGGUUUUCAUAGCUAGCGCUGCUGGUAACGGUGGAGGAAUUGCCCAAGCAGAUGCACCAAUGGGCCCCAACAACUCGAACGCUAGUCGGCAAGAAGAGUUAUUGUCUGCUGCAUUCACCGAGGAUGUUUGCUCAGAAGUAUUCUUGAAUUUGUUCUGCGCACCAGACCUCAGCUACGACGAGUUCGGAGAAAGCGCAUACAAGAGCUUCCAGUUUCUGUUUCAACGGGUCAGAGGAACGCCACAUGCCAGCGGGGCAGCCUUGGACGCAUUAUGGCGCAUUUGUUUGACAGCCGGGAAUAGCGCUGUUGCGAAUCAUUCAAUGAAGGAUCUUCUUAGCGUGUACAUGUCAGUUGGUAUGCCAGACGCCGCACCAAACGCGUGGACGCAGAGACAACAGAAAGCAACACCAGACGACAAUUUCAACUUUGGCGAGCGAGUUUUUGACUGUCUUUCAAAUGUCAAGAAAGCUCUCAACGAAGGCCAGCCUGGUGCUGAGCGUUCUGCCGAACGAUGUCUUCGAAUCCUCAAUGCAGCUAUCGGACAAACCACAGGAACCAUUGGUUCAUCAAUGACGUACUCCACCCUUGCUCGACUAUCUUCCAUUCAGCUCGACUCCGGCCUCGAGAGUGUCAUGAGAUUCAUCCCCCACGGAAUGAGAGGGCAAGCAUGCUAUCGACGAGUAGGCAUCAUGGCGAAGCGUCAGCUGCUAAGCAAUCAAGUAGGUCCAAACUACGUGAAUAGGGAUGACAAUCUUCAAGGACCAAGCCAGUCAAAGAACUCCACAACAUUACGCUUUUCCAUCGACGUUCACCCUUUAGAGACGUCGGCCUCAGUCAAGUUCAAGGUCGCCGCAUACUGUCAUUGCAACGUGCGAUCGGUGAAACCUGUUUCCGUCAGCGGUCGAAUGGGGAGCAGUCGAGGUCCAGGAGCAGACUCCCAAAUGAGCUUAAAUGUAGUGCCGGAUGAUUCGGUCAUUGAUGAAUUGGGAAUAGUUCAAGGCUCCGAGCUUGUCUUUCAGAUUGUCGAGCGGCCGAUACAAGCGCAUGCGAACGCAAACAAAAAUGCCAAGUACAAUCGAACUCGAGAUCUGAGUGACGUGUUCUUUGAUGACGAUGGCCGCUUUGCAGACAAGCUUUUCAUGACAUUGCUUGGUGUUUUGGAGGCGUUACCAUGGCGAGAACCGGAUGUAUCAAUGACAGAUGCCCCUUCCACCUUCCUGGAUACGCACACAUUGGUUUGGGAUCUUUUGCUGGCAAUGCCCACAAAUGCAAAUAUAGCCGCUCGGGUGCGAUCCAUGUCCAAAGCGGGGGAUAACGCAUCGAGCGAUGACGAUGCAAUGGACGUGGACUCGCCCAGAGAAGCGUGGACCAAUUUGCUCGACCUUCAAAGCUUUCAGAGGUCGGUCUACGUCUUGUUGGCACUAGAUGCUUUCCUCCAACCAUCAGUGGAGGUGUUGUCAGUUUUGCCGAAUGAGCAAAGAAUGAUUCUGGAACGUAGCAUGCAGGAGGAGUCAACAUCUUUCCGACGGACGUUCAUUGAAUCAGGCGGGUUCGAUGCCGUCGUACGUUUCUUUUCAGAGUCUGAGAAAAACACAAGUUUGAACCAAAGUCGGAAAAGAAUGGGCAAUGCUGUGGCGCUUCGGGUACUGAAAUGCUGCUUGUUCGGCAACGCCAGAGUCCCGCGGCCGGCAAACGACGGUAAUGCCACAGGUUCCCCAGACGAAGUUGGAAGUCAUCUCCUGUCAUCACUCUCUGAUGCCGAGGGCCUUCUCAAGAGUCUAACAUCUAUGGUCGUUGGAGAUUCAGGAAUAUCCACAUCUACAAUAUCUGACAUUCUCAAGUUCUUGCGGCUUCUCUUCCGCACUCACUCUACAGCACAAACCUUUGUUGCCCUCCCCGGUGGUACUGCCGAGCAGUUCCUGAUCACCUUGCUCAUGUGGGAAGGAGGCCCUGAGCCAAUACGAACAAGUUCGUCUGUCAGCGCUGCCAGCAAAAUCCGAAAGAGCACCCAUGAACUCAUUUUGCAAACACCCAUCCUCGCUGAUAAUGCCCUCCCUUGGCUAAUCAGAGCGAUCGAUAAGAUUGAUGUUUCAUCCGACUGCACCUCUGAGUAUUUCGACGUCCUGCAACGACUGGUUGGAAAUGACAAACCUAAUGCUCGAACCAGGAGUGCGUCGGACGUCGAGUUGCGUGAUCUGGGCACCACUGUUUGUAAGAAGGUGGCCUCCUGCCCACGUCCGACAAGCGAGAACUCUCUGCUGGACAACUCAACUGGAGUGCUUUGUGGCUGCCUGGCGCUUCUGAGGGCGCUUAUUGAAACGGGCGGAGGCGCUGUGUUGAAGCAGGGGACUGACAUUCUCGUCAAGGAAGUUGGUGUUGGACGGUGGUCGGAAAUGAUUGGGUCAGGUUCUGCACCAAAGGGAAUCUUCGCUUCGCUUUCAUUAUCUUUCACCAGCUCAAGCUUGAAACCAGAAGAUCUUGCAUUGAUCGACCUCAUGGGGGCUAUAUUCGAUGGAUUUCUUUCGCCUGGAGGUUCUACCUCCGUGGUAGCCAUCUGUUCCGACAAGGAGUCGCGCCAACGCGGCUUCGACGUUGUUGGCGCUGCUGCCAGGUUUUGCAGCGGCGGCGAGGGUUAUCUUGCACUGGUGUAUCGGAUCAACGAGCUAGUUGAAUCUGCCGCACCAUUCGUGCGCCACAAAUGGGGGCAAGUUGGCAGCAUGACAGAAGGGCACUCCCGUAAUGGCAGAAACACCUCAAAGUACUCUGGGUUGCGCAAUCAAGGAUGUACCUGCUACAUGAAUUCAGUCCUGCAGCAAAUGUUCAUGAUGCCGGAGCUUCGCACGAACAUGUGUGACGCCCAACUGCCAUCGAGUCUUCGGUCGACUGGAGGGGUCAUUUCUGCCAAGGGCCAACAGCUCGUCGGCAAGAAAGUCUCUAUGCAGUGGGAGAGUGGUGUUUCGUACGAUGCAAUGGUAGAGAAGUUUGACGAAAAGACUGGCAUGCACACCAUUCGAUACUGUGCCAUGCCUGUCGCAACUGUGAGCGGCACGGGGCAAGAACAACUACAAGGGCAAGAGAUUGCACGUCUCCCUCCUUUGUUGGCGGACGAAUUCUUCUUGUCAGAAGGUCGACCGGGUAAGGAAACAGGAGUGUUUGAGAUCGUGAACAACGUCACCAGCGCUGGGGAGCAGUCGGGCGAGGUUGAAAUGGAGGCAGCACCGGAGAGCGGCGAAAUCAAAGAGUCCGAGGAUGAAAUGUCCUCUCGUCAUCUCAUGGAAGAAGUGCAGCGCACUUUCAUCAAUUUAGAUGAAGGCUCUCGCGGUCGAUGCUUCGACCCACGAGCGCUCGUGGAGGCGUGUGCCUGUUUGAAGCUAGAAUUUGACGUAUGGCAACAGAAUGACGCGUCGGAGUUUACGACGAAGCUUUUGGAUCGACUCGAAAUUGCACUCAAGAAGUGGGCGCCCGAUAAUUUCCAGUACAUGGACCACACCUUCGGACUGAAGACAACCAAACAGAAGAUUUGUAAAGAAUGCGGCUUGAAGACCAACCGAGAAGAAAAGCUGUUGAACAUUGACUGCCAAAUUAGAGGGAAAACUGACAUCCAUGAAGCUCUCGCUACAAUGACCGAAGUGGAAAUCAUGGAAGGAAACAAUAAGGUGUUUUGCGAUCGCUGCAAGAAGAACACUGACACUGUGUUGCGGACGGCACUGUCGAUGCUCCCCAACAUGUUGAUCCUCUCGCUGAAGCGGUUCGAUCUGGAUUACAACACCUUUGAGACUGUUAAGCUGAACAGUCGUUGCGCCUUUGGCCAAACUCUCAACAUGAAGCGAUACACGCUCGAAGGACUCGAGGCAAUGGAACAAGGGGGCUACGAAAAUGACGACGGCGGAGUAGCGCCCAUGGACACAACGGCUGGCGGUGCUGCUUCCGUCAACGACCCUCUUAGCAAACUAUCCGACGAAGACUAUGAAUACAAACUUGCUGGCGUGCUUGUUCAUGCUGGAGUCGCCCAAGGUGGCCACUACUACAGUUUCAUCAAAGACCGCAACCCUGGGUCGCAGGAACAGUGGUAUCGGUUCGACGACGAAGACGUUACCCCGUUUGACCCAGCCUCAAUCGAAGUGGAGUGCUUCGGGGGGAAGGUGAAGAAGGAAACGAAGUGGCCAAAUGGACAAGUGCACACUGUGGAGAGUGAACAGUACGCGAAUGCCCUCAUGUUAUUCUACGAAAAAGUGAAGCCUACCGAUGUGCCGCCUCCGGAUGCGGAAAAGGAGAAAGAGAAGGAAGAAGAGAAAAAGAUGCCUGUUGUUUUGAAGGACAUCGACACGUCAAGCGGCUAUGAUGUCUUUGUCGGCGACGUUCGACGGUCGAAUGCAACCCAUCGAUGGCAAACCUUUCUUUUUGACCCCGAAUUUCAAGUUUUCCUCAAGGGAUUGCUUGGGUUGUGCCGCAUGUCGAACUCGGAAGACCCGACAAAAUCUUCCAAAGGAAUUGUGUCUUCGGAAAACACUUGGAAAGCGCCUGUGAUCCAGAUGUUGCUCAGCUUCUUCUUCGACAUCAUGCUCUACUCAUCCAGCAGACCUUACCUGAACGAUUGGAUUGCCAUGAUGGAGCAGCUAUUUGCACUGGACCGUGACAGCGCCUCACUCUUUGUACAAAGACUUGCACAGAAGACGCUAGAAACGAGCCCGAACUGGCUGCGGACAUACCUCAUUGAGUGCCCGGACCAACCUGCACGCAAUGCCGCAGUUCGAAUCUAUAGCGCCGCUGUGGCUUCUUGCAUAAAAUCCGAAGAAGAACAGCAAAAGAUGAUCGCGUGGGCACAUGCAUGGAAGGAUGAGCUCUCGAGCUUUGGCCAGGGACCACCGACUGCGCUGCCUACAAUGCUACGAGACAAGAGGAAGCACAUGGAGGACCCAUUUGGACCGCGCUCAAAAUCAACUAGUAUCGGCCGACUCAUCUCCUACCUCAACGUUUUGAUUGAAGUUCUUCCUCGCUAUUGGAGAUAUAGCCCGGAGCUGGCCUGCUUUGCCAAAAAUUUGGCCUGUAUCGACGGAGAGUCCGGUGGUCGUUCGAUCCGAAAGGGCAUGUUGCAAGCAAUGAUCCCUGCACGACUCAUUGCACUGGUGACGCGCGAACGGUCCCACCAUGCGAUGAGGGCUGCCUUCCCGGGUUCAUCAGUGUCGGUUGAAACAGCGGAAACACAAAUGAGGCCAGAAUCCAACCCUGUGGCACAUGUGAUGCCUCUCAGUGGAAAUCAUGUCAUGACUCCGACAGAUAUGAACUCUCGUGGGAACGGAGCACCAAUGCCGACUGAAUUCAUCUCUGUCUUUGAGGCUGUCGGCUGCCUUGGCAACAUCCGUGGCAUGCACCAAGUUCCUCUGGUUGUGGAAACCGAGGAAAACACCCGGGGGCGUGCUCGGGUUGCCCUCAGCAAACCCGUUAUGGAUGCUUUGUCUACGAUAUUCACAGAAUCCUGCGCACCUCAAGCCCCUGGCAUGGGUCAACGCGAGAUUGAGAGCUACCUGAACAAAUGCGGUGUCGACUCCUCGUCGGUCCCAACCCAGAAGAUUGUGGACAUUAUGGCUAAGUACCCUAGUACAGGAGGUGGCAACGGGUCCAAGGGCAGCUAUCUCAGUCUUGAGGGUUUCCUAGCGUACUACAGAGACACGGCACAAACGAACGAAUCCAGGGUUCGACAAGAUUUACACACAUUUGGUUUUCGACCAGACUUGUCUCGCCGUUCCCACAUGGCUAGGAUCAACCCAGACAAGGACCAGAUGAGGCCAGCUUCCGAAAGCGUCGCCAUUGAUGUUGCCAGCAAUUUGUCCGCCCCUGUAAACUGUGGGCCGCUCGCUGAAUACGCUUUCGAUUCAUUCCAAUUCUUCCAAGUAGCUUACAGUGCUAGCGAACCAAUGGCCGAGUAUCUUGUGGCCGGUCUCUGCUACAGUCGCGAGGCGGAAAAGAUCAUCUUUGCCACGUUGAAAGCAAUUUACCAGGCGCCAACAGGAUGGGGUGGCAACGAAACUUUGAGUGCUGCCAUAAUGGUUUUGAAGAUCCUUGCGUCCAUUCCGGAUGACCACCAACAAAAACGAGUCAUGUUCAUGUUGCAAUGCUCCGAAAAGCCAGCUCAUGGCGUUGAACACGGCGCAGGAUUGCUUGUGGCUGCUAGAGCCUUUCACCAGGCAAGGCCGAACCAGCCGUACUCGUCCGAAAUGCAUUAUGCUUUUGACAGAUAUGUGUUUGUGACAAAGGAGUUGCUUCGUGUCAAGACGAUUCUGCAGUGGCUGCAUGAGAACCGAGGAAGCUGGAGCUUCAUGGAACGAGAAUUGCUGGAAUCGCAACAGCAUGGCGGCGGACGUCACGGUGGUCAAAUGCGAGGCAUGCAUGACUCUGAGGACGAUGAAGAUGACGAUUCCCGGUUCGAGGAGAUGGACACGUACCACGAUGUGCCCUCUGAGAUUGGGGUUGAAGGAGCUGGGCAGGCAGCUGUGAAUGGCACCUACAUGCGAGAUGGCUUUUUUGAAAGCGCAGCAAAAUACUCCAUGCAGGGGAAAUACAAUGGAGAGGCCUGUGUUUUCCAAUUGUUUCAGUGCAAUGUAAGCAACAACACAAAGCACUGGUACAUUUCCAUUGUUCCUAAACACAGCCAACCAGGAACAAGCACGGAUAUCGACUUUUACUCGGCGCCAGUGCUGGAUAACUGUACGGAGUACCCGCCGCCGGGAACUUGGACCAAGUCAAAUGAAGGGUUGGACCCACCACCAAAGCUCAUUUUCCCGCCUUCACCUUCUUCUCCUCUGCCUUCGUCUGAAGAACGCGGAAGAGGAACCUAUAUCUAGUGAUGUGCAGGACUGUAAGAUCAUAAAGAAAUCAUUUUUUAGACGUGUGGUAUUUCUGCAAC